UGAUCUCGUUGGAUAAGAUAUGAAGGUUAAGGUACAGAAUGUAUUUAGUGGCAUAAAGAAAAGAUUUAAAUACUUUUGAAUGGACAAAUGUUAAUUUUCAAAAGAAUUACGAUUAUUUCUCAUUUCUAUCUUUGACAUAGAUGGCGGUGCCAUGUAAUUCUACAGCAAACAAUGUUUUUAAUAAAGACACAUCAAUGGACACAGCAUACGUUUGUGAGCCGUGUCAGCUGGAAAGGAAAAUAUUACCAGCCGAAGGAUUCUGUAAAACGUGUGAGGAAUAUUUAUGUGAAAUUUGUUUUAAGUAUCACGUUAAACUGUUAGCUUCAAAAAACCAUGUUGUGAUAAGUAAAGGUAAACUACCAAAAAAAGAGGUAAACCCUAAGGAUACAGACGCAUUAGAAGAAAAGUGUGUUCAUCACGUAGGUGAACUUAUUGAAUUCUUUUGUAAAACAUGUGACAAAGUUGAGUGUAUAAUCUGCCUUACCACCAAACAUGAAGACCACGAAGUUGUCUACAUACCAGAAUUCACAAAGGGACUAGAUGUAGAUGAUCUUCAAAAAAAUCUUGAAAAUGAUGCUAACUUUAAAGAGCUCAGAGACUCAGAAUCAGAAUUAAAUAAAAUACCUUCAUCGUACAAAUGGACAAUAGAUUUACAGACAGAAAAUGCUAGAGACGUGCUAAAAAGGUACCGCAAGGAAAUCAAUGAAACAAUUGACAAACUUGAACUCCAUUUAGAACAUAAAAUAAAGACAAGGGAAUGCAACGAUUUUGCAAUAUUAGAUAAGUACACACAAAAGCUCACAGAACACACAAAUAAAAUUCAAAUGUAUAAAAGCAGUUUGUAUGGAUUUAACAGGUAUUUCAAAACAGCGAAAAACAAAACAUUUGUGACGUUAAAAUUGUUUCCAGACGCAUUUAAACAGUUUACAGAAUGCAAACAAUCAUUACUAAACCAAUUGAGGAAAUAUGACAGCAACGACUUCGGAAUUGAGAAUGAGAUGCGUCUAAGUAUGAUGCAUUUUGUUAAUAAACUAAAAUGUGACCAACAAGCAAUCACACUCAGAAGCGAUGGUUUCGUAGAUGUUAAGAAAAAACUUGAAACUCUAGAAGAUUCGGGCUCUGUUUCAAAAUGUUGUAUAUCUGCAUGUAUUGCUUUUUCAAAUGAAAAAGUUAUUCUAAAUGAUUCUGAAAAUAACAACGUAAUUCUUUGUAGAAUAAAAGAAAGAAAGCAGAAAGAUACUUUCUAUGAAGAAAGAAAUGACGACCUGGAUAUCAUCUGUCUAAAAGCAGUGAUUGCUAGUCCAUGGGACAUUACCAAAACCGUUGACAUGGAGUUUGCUGUUACUCUACCGUCAAAAAACCGAAUUCAGUAUUUAGUGGUCGAAAAUGCUACAAUAAAGGAGGGCAAAUCUAUUGCAGUAAAGUUCAACUGCUCCGGAAUCGCAUAUCUAGAAGGAACAAUAUACGUUUCUUACAAAUACACAGGAUUAGUUGAAAUAAUUGAUAGAGAGGGUAAAGUUUUAGGAACUGUAUGUAGUUCAUUACGAGCAGAGGUACCGUCGUUCAAGUUUUCGGAUCCUAGAUACAUAACUUGUGACAAAGACCGAAACCUAGUGUUUAUAUCAGACUAUGGGAAUGAUUGUAUUGUAGUGUGUAGUGGAGGCAUAAUAAUUGCAGUGAUUCAAUACACUUCAUUGAAUCUUGAUAGAAAAUUGUACUUUCAGUGGAUGAGAGGACCGCUUGGAAUAACUGUCGACAAAACUGGAGGAUUAUUUGUCGCUGUUGACUGGCCUUUCAGUGUUCAAAGAGUGUCAUCUGACUUCCUAGAGAAAAAAGUGUUGAUUCAGAAAGGUCCUGCUUGGGGUAUACACUCGAUAGCCUCUUACCAGAAUAAAUUGUAUUUUGGUACAAACUGUGGUGAAUUAUAUGUAAAUGAAAUACAGUAUUCUUGAAAUGUUAACCAUCAGUAAAUAGGCAGAUGCAAAUCAAGUUGUGGACGUUUGUUUCUGACACAUUUGUUUUCAUGCUGAAUUUGCACUACGUACAACAACCAUUAUAUUUUAUCAUGUAAACAGCUAGUGUAUAUUAAAAUUAACUAUUUUAGACUGUCCUUGUGUAUCAAACCGAGGAGAUUAUGAAUGUUUAUUUUGACCCAUAUAAAAACUUCCACUAUGUUACCAACUCUUAACAAAUGUAAGAGAAAACUGCUUUGAAUAAAGACCAACCGACAAUAUUACGUUAAUGAUUCCUGAAUGCCGUACAUUUAUUGAUGAAGAUCCUUCAGUGAUUCAAACCAAGAGCUAUCAGAAUAAAAAAUAACGCUCGACUAGAUGGUAGAAAACAAUUAUAUAUGAUAUAGAUUUCAUAUAAAGAGGUGGAAAAAAUAUUAAUACCUGGAAAACUACAAGUAAAACGCAAUCUUCAAGCGUUGUGUAAAACAAAGUGAUUGAUAUCCAGCCCAUCUGUACUUAUGUACUUUGAUUAAUACAACCAUUCAAAGUAUUUAUUUUUAUUAACGAUAGUUUUUGAUAGCUUACCGGUAUACUAUAACUUUUAUCUUGUACACUGAUAAAAAACAAAAAUAUAGUGUAUAUUUUGAUUAUUUAUUAGAAAUAUUAAAAAAUGAUGUAUUGUUAAAAUAUUUUAUAGUCUGAGCGGGUCAAGUUCGUUAAUAUGUCUGCUAAGGAAUCGACAAAGGAAUAUAGAUAAAAUAUACAAAUGUUGUGCCGCAUUUACAUACCAGCAACGAUAAUUGUUGUUGUACAAUUAGCAAUUAGUCGAUUAGCAAUAUCAAGUUAAUAUCUAGAUAUUUGUUUUGCAAUUGCAUAGAUUGCUUUCAUGCAAAAACGUUUGCAUCGCCUUUCUUUGAGAUUGUGUGCAUUGAUUUUAUACUAUUCCCGGGUGAUGUUUUGUAAAACUCAUUUUGAGAAAUGAAGAAAACCAAAUUUUAAAGCUUUUAGAAAAUAAGCUCUAUUGUAAAUUAAUGUGUGGUCAACAUUAAAAAUGAGUGUCACUUUUAUAUUUUAUAGGUCUUUCUAGUAUAUUUCUUUUCUCUAUAGCCAUUACAUGAAUUCUAUUUUUAAAGACAAUUUUAUAGCUAAAUACAUUUGUCAUUUUGACGAUAAUGUUUUAUGUGAACAUAUAUAGUAAAGAAAGCUUGUUUCUAAUGACGUAAGUAUUAAGAAAAGGGAUAUGAGCAGCUAUACAUGAUUGGCAAAUAAUUUAUGAAUCCAAUUGAUAUGUUUGAUUAUUGUUAUAAGUACAGAUAACAAAAAAAUAUUGAUUAAGGCGUAACGUUAGUUGAUUUAAGAAAUGCAAGGAUUGUAAAUAUAUAACUUCUUGCCACUGUAUAUCCAAUUCUCUUCUGCACUAUGCAUAUUUUAUGUUUUGCUUGAAUAUGGCCGAUUUAUUUUUCCCCAUAAAAUCUAUACAUUGUAUUAAACACAAUAACAAAACAAUGCAAUGAUAAAUGGGAGAAUAUUUUAAUAUUUCACUUUUCUUGGAAUAACUGAUUUAACAUGCAAGGAUAUUGAAAACAAAUUAAAUAGUGUAUGAAAACUAUGUAGCUACCUCGAAGCAAAGUAAAAACAAACGGACACAUGUUUAUUAUAAUGUAAAAAUAAAACGAUUCAAAAUAUUGCUUUUGAAUUAGCAAAAAUAGAGGGCCUUUUCCUUAAAGGUUUGGUUCAGUGUGCUC